CUGCCGGCUCCCGCAGGACUGUCUAAUGCUGCUGCUGCGAAUCACAUACAGGAGAUUAUUUCAGGCAACUGUGUGGUGAUUUUCUCUAAAACAACAUGUUUCUACUGCAAGAUGGCAAAAAAAGUUUUUGAGGGUAUGAACGUGCACUAUACAGCUGUAGAACUGGACAUGAAUAAAAAUGGAAGUCAGUUCCAAGACAUUCUUGAACAGAUGACCGGUGGCAGAACAGUCCCAAGAGUGUUUGUCAAUGGGACUUUUGUUGGAGGUGCUACAGAUAUACAGAGGCUUCAUGAAGAAGGCAAACUGCUUCCAUUAGUUACUCAAUGUCAAGUACAAGAAAAUCCUGGACAGCGAUCUAGCUUAGCUUAG